CGGGGAUGGUUCGGUUUCGUGCUUAGCGGCUGAUACCAGUGAGAAGCUUGAACAGAAAUACCGUUCGUGGUGGAUAGAUCACUCCCACUCAUCCAUCUGUCGGCAUGAGUUCAAGCACCGACAGCCGCACCGAAUGGUGGCGCAAACACGCGCCGCAGACCGAGGUAACGCAGCACACACCAUACAGACACGCAUGGAUGCAUCCACAAGCCACCAUCCACACGGGCAUGUGUGUGUGUGCGUGCGUGCGUGUGUGUGUGUUUGCCUGCAUGUUGCUGCACUCAUCAUUGAUCAAUCAAUCAGGGCGAGUUGAUAGUUCACAAGGCCAAGAUCCGGGAGCUCAAGCACGCCCUCAUGCAGACCCACCUGCCGCUCCACUCGUCCAGGGAUGCAAACAAAUGGGACGCCAUCGCCGACGAGUACGCCGUCCCCGUGCGCGUCCUGGUCAUCACUGGGCCGCCUGGGUGCGGCAAGGAGACCACUCUGCGGGUGCUGUGCAGCGAGAUGGGCAUGGCCGUCAAGGAUUGGGUCGACAUGCCCACUGGCGCCAGUGGCUCGUCGUCGCACUUCUCGCGAGGCAGUGAGGACGACGGCUUCAGUCGCGAGGAGGGCUUCGAGCAUGGCGGGCUGGGCACACAGUUCCUGUCCUUCUUGCAACAGGCGCAGCGGUACGGGUGGAUGGAUUCGUCAGAGGGAAGGAGAGAGGGUGGCAGUGAAGUGACAGGUGCGUGCGUGUGUCGGUGUUCAUGUUGGUGUGUCAGGUUCCCCCGCAUCCCCACCGCCUCCAAGGCGCCGCCCAAGAAGACCCCCUCCCAGGGCUCCUCAGUCGACGCCAGCCGGGCCGCCAAGCUCUCCCAACCAUCGGUACUGCCGUCCAUGCCGGCCAAACGACCACCUGUAGGCGCAGCGCAACAGCAAUGCGGGCCACCCCCUCUCCCUCCCCUUUUGUCUGCAUCCAUCCCAUCGGUCCUGUGUGUGGUGUUGCAUGCAAUGCAGCAGCGGAUGUUCCAGCCGCGCAUGGCACAGAGGAAGCCCGCCAAGCCACCCGGCCCCUCCCAGCCGUCAUCGCAGCAGCAGGCUGGCCUUGGCCCCCCCCAGACGGCCAAGGCGCCACCACCACCGCCACCACCACCACCGCCGCCGCCCGCUCCCAGCAACAAAGCGGACAAGAAGGGGGCCGCACUGAUAUCGGCACCGGAGGAUGGCGGCCAUGGCGACGACACGACGGCCAUGCCGCACGUGACGCUCAUCAAGGACUUUCCCUACUCGCUUGUCGACCACUCGCCCGGCUUCGUCGAAAAGAUGCAGGCCGCCCUCCAGCAGUGUCUGCGGCAGCCCGUCCCCACCAAGCAGCUCGUGACUCGCAAGCCCAAACAGCCCCGCGUGCAGCAGCCGACGUCGCCCACAGACAGCGACGAGACCGAGGUCAUUCCCAUCCCCGACCCUGACGAGGAAAUCGUAGCCGUGGGAGGCGGUGAGGUCGGUCUGCAGGAGGCGCCGGAGCCGGUGGUGCGUCGCCAUGUGAACCUGCUGGUGUUCAUCCUGACCGAGUCGGCGCGCGACCGGAUGCUCAUCAACAAGGUGCUGCCGCCCACGCUGUUCAGUACAUCGUCGUUUCACCGCAGUGCGUCGGGUGGGUCGGGCUUCGGGCGGGGGAGGGCGGCGGCGAGCUACCAGCAGCAGCAGACGGCCGACAGUGACGCGCCGUCUCAGAUACAGAAGAUCAGGUGAGAUGGAUGGAUGGAUGAAUAGAUGGAUGUGCCACAUGUGUCAUCGGAAUGGUGGCUCUGUGUCUGCGUCUGUGUCUGUGUCUGUGUAGCUUCAAUGGCAUCCCUCCGGUGACGAUGAAGCGUGCGCUGACCGCCAUACUCACCGAGGAGGGCAUCCCGUCCACCGCCGUCGACACAGAACUCAUCGUGGUCAGCCACCAUCACACACACCACACACAGACACACAGUGGAUCCCUCUCUCUGUCUGUCUGUAGGAUGGCUGCAACGGCGACCUGUUGAAUGCGAUCAACUCCAUCGAGAUGGUCUGCAUCGGCGCCCACGAGCCACUGGCGCCGCCAACAGCAGCCAAGGGCGGCCGGUCGCGCGCCAAGAGCAAAGCCAAGGCCAAGGCCAAGGCGGCCGCGCGCAAGAGUGAGGGCCUGGGCGUCGUGGCGGCCACGCAGCGUGACACCAAGUGGGGGCUCUUCCACGCACUGGGCAAGUUCCUCUACAACAAGCGCAUCCCGCCCGAUCCUUCCAACACCGAGGACAGCGACGAGGUGGCCGCCCAGCCACAGCCACAGCCCCAGCCGUCUGCGUCGGCCUCCCAGGCCUCCAUUCAGCUGCCACUGAUCAUGCACCAGCAGCAACAGCACCAGCCGAAGGGCAACAACGGCAAGCGAAGCGCCCACGACGACCAGGAGGAUGACAUCGACGACAUACUCGACGACUUUGACGACGCGCAGCCGUCCAAACGCCCCAAGGUGGAGGAGGCCAUCGACCUCACUGACGAGCACCAGGACAUGCCCAUGGCCACAUCGGCCGCCAUGUCGGCUGCACCGUCCAAGUGGAAGGCUCUCAAGGGGCGCGCCAAGGCCAAGGGCAAGGCCAAGGGCAAAGCUGCUGGUGGUGGUGGGCGGGGCAAGGGCAAGACUGGCAGCAAGGAGAAGGAGGCGGUGCAGCUGCCGUAUGAGUUGCUGUGCGACAAGACCAAGCGGCCGCGGCUGUACUUCUCGCCGGAGGAGGUCCUCGAGAGCACUGCGUGUGAGGGGGACGCCUUCGUCGAGUGGAUCCAGGAGAACUACCCACUCGUAGGCCGAGACGAAAAUAUGACAGCAAGCAUUCCUUGUCUCAGACGUUUCAGUCAUUUCCGUCUGCCUGUCUGUCUUUGUGUGUGACCGAUCAGUUCUAUGGUGACAUAGAGGACAUCAGCAACUGUGCCAGAGAGGUGACGCAAACACGGGUCCGGCCCGGAGCCAGAAGAGGACGCGCAAACACAUCUUGCUUCUCAAAGUGUGUGUAAGGUUGCCUGUGCGUGUGUGUGUGUGUUCCGUCAGAUAGCUGAGGCGGACGGCCUGUACGGUCAGUGGCGAGGCGGGGAGGCGGAGCAAGACCACGUAAGUCAGCCACGCCGCCACACAAAGGCCGUCCAUCCAUCCAUCCAUCCAUUCAUUCGGCCAUUCAUGUGUGUUUGUGUGCAGUCAGCCGCCGUGUCGAGUGAGUUGAGUCGCUUCGGGAGCAUCAUUAUGAGCAGGGGGGUGAGUGGGGCGGUGCGGUCGACCUACUACGCCGUCAUUGUGGGCCGGGCAGUGCUUGACGCCAACCUGCACCCCACACAGCCGCCCAAAGGCAGACACAGACAGGCAGCAGAGGAUGGCGAGUUUGAGGGCUUUGGGGGCGGCGGAGGGGGGGCGGGGUCGGGGCUGCACCAGCACAAGAAGUGUCCCCGCAAAGAGGUCAUCGACGACUGCAUCAAGCGCAAAGGGGACAUCAAAGGCCACGUCACACGUAAGCAUCCUUCGACAGAUAGAGGCACAGCGAGAGGGACGACAGACAGACAGACAGACAGACAGACGUGUGCGCGCGCGAUGGCGUGUUUGUUCUUGUGUGUGUGAAGGUUUCAUUGUGGAUGCGCUGAGCCGCGCUGGCCGAGAGCAGCCCGACCAGCAGCAGCAGUUGGUGCCCUGGAACUGGAGCCCUCUGCGCAUCGACAUGGUCGUGACGGACGUGCUGCCAUACCUUCACCGGGUCAUGGAGGCCACACAAGGUGUGUGAGUGAAUGGAUAGAUCAGCAGACACACACACACACUGUGGUGUACGUGGGGUGGCGCACUCACUCUCUCAUCCAUAUGUGUGUUGGUUGGUCGACCGCUGCCUACAGGGACGUACUUGCCAUUGCCCUGCGACUUUCUCACCAGUGUGGUCGAGGCCAACGACCUGCCCAUCGACCCAUCGCACUACACAAUGCCCCCUCCCCCUCCCCCUCCCCCGUCCUCCACACACGGUGGCGGUGGCGGCAAAGGAUUCAUCGGCAUGCCGCCGCCCAACAAGACCAACAAGGGCCGCCCACCUGCAAACAUACACUCACAGCAACAGCCGGCAGCAGCAGCAGCAGCCCCGGACGACGCCGAUCUGGACGCCUUGCUGGACGACAUUGACAACAUAGUAGAGGGGGACGAUAUCGAGGAGGUCUGAUGGAGGGAGGGGCGGGCAGAGGGGAGAGAUACAGGCAGACAGACAGACAGAGAGGCAUCUUGGUAGCUGUGACCAGCGGGGCCGAGGAGGGCGGAGAGAGAGCCUGUGUGUAUGGUAGAUCUAGCCCAUUGAUUUGAUUGCAGAAACACUUGCAUGGCAUGGAAUAUCUACUUUGUGUGUGCGAGUGUCUAUGAGGGUGACUCUCCAUCGCUCGGCGUUUCGGCUGGCCGGCCGCCGAUUGACAGAUGCGAUGCGAUGCAGAUCAGGGACUUUUACAG